AUAUUUGAUCUGUUCCAAUGAAAAUACAAUCAAAGUAUAUAAUUUGACAACGGGUGAUUGUGUAAAAACGCUAUCUGUGGCGCCAGAAUAUGGUGGACAUACAAAAGAAAUUACCUCCCUUGCUAUUGACGCGAAUGAUCCGUCGUUGGUAUAUUCUUCAUCGCUGGACGGGACAAUUAAAAUAUGGAAUUUUGAAAAAGCAGUAUUGUUGGAGACUUUGGAUCUAAAAGCUCCCAUAUAUCGCAUGAUUAUGGAUCCUAAACACCCCAAAGACAUUUAUGUAUCCACGCAAAUAAGUUCUUCUGAUUUGUCUUCGUUGGACCCCAACCUAUUUGAUGAUUUGGAAAAUGAUGAGGACGAUUCGCAAGAAGAUAAAAGUAAUCAUUUAUUACGCAUACACCGAUUAAAUAAUGAAGAAGGACAAUUCGAAUUGACCAAGAUUCUUUCCUCAUCGUAUCAAAUUUCCACUUUUGAUAUUGGUGUCGAUGGAAAACAUUUGGUUGCUGUUUUUGAGUAUAGCUAUCAAGUUAUUAAUUUGGGAUAUUCGAGAAAAGAGCGGCGUCAAGUCGAAUGGCCAAGGUAUGUUCACCCAAAAAGAAUUACCUCUAUCGCAAUCAACUCGUCACGCCCUUGCGUGGCUAUUGGGGAUGAAUUAGGCAAGAUCACUCUCUCAUAUUGCUUGAAAAAAGGGAGAACAAAGUUUACUAAAUCUGUGUGGCAUUGGCAUGCUCAUGCCGUAAAUUGUAUGGCAUUUUCAAACGAUGGUGUUUAUUUACUCUCAGGCGGUGAAGAAUCAGUCCUAGUAAUCUGGCAAGUAGAAACAGGCCAACGAAAAUAUGUACCACGACUUGGGUCAGAAAUCACUUUUGUUACCAUUAGCCCCAAUCAAACUCUCUAUGCUGUUGGAAUGACGGAUAACACGAUCAAAGUGUUGUCGGCAAUGAAUUAUGAGUUAAGGCAGGUGAUUCAUGGGUUAAAGUAUGUUCCAAAAAAUAUUUCAAAGAACCCACUUACUACCGGCUUAGUAGUUGAACCUAGAAAUUAUCAUAUAGUAUUACCCGCAUCCCCGGGCAAUCUUCAAUGGUAUGACGCGCAUAACGGUCGACAUAUAAUAGAACACGAAGUUACAUUAAAAACGUUCGUCUCAAGAACCGAUAAGACUGAAAUUGUGAUGCCGAAUGUUGACUUUGUGACUUUUUCUGAGGAUGGCGAUUGGAUGGUUACGGUGGACUCGCGAGACGAUAAAAAAACAACGCCAGAAAUUUAUCUAAAAUUCUGGGAAUUCUCUCAUCAAACAAACAGUUUUGUGUUAAACACUAUUGUUGAACAUCCUCAUAAGAAAUCUUUCAUAACGUCCGUUGCAUUCCGUCCUACGUCGAAGAAGAAAAAUAAUGAUACUAAUGACGAGAAUGGUAAUGAUUUACCUCCGAUGGUUGUUACUACCGGAUUGGACAAAGAUUUCAAAAUUUGGGAAUUGAAACAGAAUUCUGUUGAACCUGCUAAUACCAAUAAUAAGAAUGGUGAUAAUAAAAAUAAAAAAAAUGCUAAGAAUAAAAACGCAGGCAUACCUAAACGGUCAGCAAAUAAAUGGGUAUGCACAUCAAUCGGUUCAUACCGCGAAGAAACUCCUCGUAAAGCUGUAUUCUCGGAAGACGGAACCGUAUUAGCAAUUGCAUUUGGCCCAUUCAUCACAUUAUGGAAUCCUAUAUUGAAUGAAUUUCAUGGUGUAUUGAGUCAUGUUCCAAUGACUAUGAAUAUCGAAAAUUUGAUGUUCAUGUCCCAGUCAUUACCAUAUUUAGUGUCGACUACCAAGGAUUAUCUGUAUUUGUGGGAUCUAACGACGUUUUCAAUAAAAUGGCAAUAUAGGAUUCAUGUAAAGUAUAUGUCUGCCGAUAAGAAUUCAUCAAACUUUGUUGUCGCGGCUACUUGCGACGAUAAUACUUGCAUUCUUGUUUUUGAUCCGCAAACACCAAUUCCGCAUUCAAUUCGCAUAAUCGUGGGACGCAUAAUAGGACUCACUUAUUUACCAAAAAACAUCGAUAAUCAUAUAGAAAAGGAGUCAAGUAUUGUGUAUAUGGAUAAAGAUUGUAGGCUACGUGUUUUGGGACAGCGCGUACUAAUUGACAACAAUAAUAAUGAUUGUUUGAAUGGUAAUUUAUUACUAUCUGAUACGAGCGAUUGCAGAUCUUAUUUCUCUGAUAUAUUCGGCAAUUCCUCUUCCAAUCAAAAUAUGAAUGAUGAUUCUCACAUUCCGACUAAAUUAUACCAAAAGAACACAUUCGUUGCGUUCGAUGCACCUUCGCAUCUUAUACCGCCUGUUAAUUUGUUGUUUGAUGAGUUUAUGGAGGGUCUGUUGGUGGCAUCUGAAAAAAAGAAUGAUGAGGAGAAGGAAGAGAUGGAUGAUAAAGAUAAGGAAAAGUCAGAGAUGGAUGAUAAAGAAAAGGAAAAGUCAGAGAUGGAUGAUAAAGAAACGGAAAAGGAAACGAUAGAUGUUAAUGUCGAAUUAUCUGAAAAGGCUAAAGUGGUAGAUGCACAACCAUUAUCACCAUCACCUUUAAGCAAAUCAAGAACAUUAUCACCACAAAUAACCCCAAAUGGGACUAGUGAAAAGUCAAUAAGUAAUAGUAAAAAACGGAAGUUGAUAGAAAAUCCGACUUCUAAUACUGUAAUUGAUACACCAACUUCUUCACCAAAAAAUGCAAAGAAACUAAAGAAAAUAGAAACUUGA